AUGGUUCGCGGGGUCUUGCCCGUUCUCUCUCGUCGCCGCAGCUCUCGCCGGGAUGGCUUCGGCCGAGGUGUCGUUGUCCAGCAGGCGUUCUUCGAAGCGGGAGAGAAGAUGGCCGAGACCCUGAACCAGAUGGGUUUCGAUGCCAUGACCAUCGGAAACCACGAGUUCGAUGGCGGUCACGAAGAGCUUGGCGAUUUCCUCAAGAAUCUGACCUUCCCGAUCGUGGGUCCGAACAUCGUCUCGGACAACGAAAAGUUGAACUCUACCAUCAAGCCCUACCACAUAUUUGAGGACUAUGAACUGGCCGUCAUAGGUGUGACUACGGAGACGAUCCCCAGCAUCAGCAACCCUGGCGAGGGCACCACAUUCACCGACGCCAUCGCAGCGGACAUGCGACUUGCCCAGGAGACGUCCGGUCUGCAACUCAUCAUGGGAGGCCACUCUCACACCCUCCUCGGCGACAUGGAAGACGCUCGAGGCCCGUAUCCGACCAUCGAGAUGAACACGGACGGCGACGAGGUGUUCGUCGUGACCGCCUACCGUUGGGCGGAGCACCUCGGGUAUAUUGACGUUACCUACGACUCUGCGGGCAAGAUCCUCGCCUACCGCUGUGCACCUAUUCACAUUACCAACACCACUGAGCAGGACGAGGGUCUGGAAGCUCAGGUUGGGGAGCGUAGGAUUCUUUUCGAGGAAUUCGCGGCCGUCUUCGGAAACAAAGAUCGUCUCGUAAGCGAGGUCAACCACUUCAACAACGACCCCAUCACCAGCUUCUUCCAGGUCAGCACGGGCAUCAAAGUCGAGUACAACCCUAACAACGAGGUCGGCGAGCGACUGGUACGUCUGACCGUUGGUGGCUCGGAAGUCGACAUGGAGAAGGUGUAUACCGUCGUCACUAUCGAUUUCUUAAGCGGCGGUGGCGACAACAUCUUUGUGGCCAGAGAUAACAUGGUCAUCCUCGACACGAUAGAUGAAGUCUUCGUCAACUACAUCGAAAAAAUAAGCGACAGCGGAGAUAAUGCUACGGCGACGCGCGACGCCGACGGAUGGUUCGCCGGCUGCUACGGAGACGCCUAG